CCCCUUACUUCAGAAGAACGGCAUGGGGUUGGGGGGGCCUUAGGUGGUGUCCGCCUCACCUAUUACUGCCAAAAGUGGUCAUGGGGUUAUUUUUAAACAUGGGGAGGAAGUAUUUAUUGUUUCCCAGCCGAGGAGAGCUGGGCAGCCUGAGGGAUUCUUCUGGGGAAGCAGUGUUGUGUCCUUUCCACCAUGGCACCGAAGAAAGCCAAGAAGAGAUCAGGAGGCGCCAAUUCCAACGUGUUCUCUAUGUUUGAACAGACCCAGAUCCAGGAAUUUAAGGAGGCCUUCACCAUCAUGGACCAGAACAGGGAUGGCUUCAUCGACAAGAAUGAUUUGAGGGAUACCUUUGCUGCUCUUGGGCGUGUGAACGUGAAAAAUGAGGAAAUUGAUGAAAUGCUCAAGGAAGCUCCAGGUCCAAUUAAUUUCACUGUGUUCCUAACAAUGUUUGGGGAGAAACUUAAGGGGGCAGACCCCGAGGAGACCAUUCUCAACGCAUUCAAAGUGUUUGACCCCGAAGGCAAAGGGGUGCUCAAGGCUGAUUACGUUCGGGAGAUGCUGACCACGCAGGCAGAGAGAUUUUCGAAAGAGGAGAUUGAACAGAUGUUCGCCGCCUUCCCCCCUGAUGUGACUGGCAACUUGGACUAUAAGAACCUGGUGCACAUCAUCACCCAUGGGGAAGAGAAGGACUGAAAGGGGCUCACCACCCAACCCUGGGCUUGUCUUUGGUGGGGCGGGGUGGUCCCUGCUACUGGCCUGUUAGCUUGUGGCUGCCUCAUGAUCCACCUCCAUCUUCUUUGCAGCCUCAGGGGCAUAUAGAUACCAUGUGGCCACACAUCCUGCAGAUGGAAAUCCAUCCAGAAGCUGUGUUCAAAUAAACAGGAUGUUGUGUAUUU